AUGCAAACCAGUCCCAAGCCAUCUCGUCUUCCUGUUAAUCCGUUGAGAUCUGUUCAGUCUCCUAAGAAGUCACAAUCGCCUUUUGAUAUUUUUUCCUGUAAUCAUGAAUCCCGUUCGCGGUCCCGAUUCCGAGCUUCGAAGACGAAAAAUAACAAAUGGCAGAAUCAGAAGAGAUCAGAUUUCUCCGAACAACGCGGCGAACCUGCGUCCCGUCAACAGAGGCUGAAGCGAUCUGUUAUGUCUUCAAAACGGGCUUCCCCUAACUUCGAGAUCCCAGACAAAGUUCCGCGUACUGAGAUGCCCGCUUCUACUAUGUCGACAUCACGAUUGGUAUGGAGGCUCUCAGCACUCUGCAUACACACAAAUUAA